GUACAAUGCCGGGAAGGUCACAUAUUAUGAUAAGAUAGUAUGUUUUGCCACAUAACACCAUCUCGUCCUCUAAGCAACACCAAACGAGUAGUCUCAAAUCUACAUUCCCUUGAUAAUCAUGGCAAAAUAUUUAGCUAUUGCUUUCAUUGCUGCUUUAUGUUUAAACAUGGUUUUGAGCAACACAGUUCCAGAACCGGAGGGACAACCAGGUGAAAUUGUCAGGCAAAAGAGGGUAAUAUGUAAUCUUUCAAGUUUUGAGGCUGGAGGAGUUGCUUUUCAGCAUUCUGUUUGUGCGGCUCAUUGUCUUUUAUUUGGCAAAACGGGUGGAUAUUGUAAUAAUGGAGUAUGCGUUUGCAGAGCUUAGAAUUAAAAUUUGUAUUUGAAUAUUUUGUACAAUAGAAAAUUACAAAUACUAAA